UGUAUGUAGCAUGCACAUCGAAUGAUUGUGUAUCAAUGAGAGAAAGAACCGUGGCAAAUAAAUUCGGAGGAUCUGUAAAUGUGUUUGAUACGUGUUUUGUAAAUAUGCAUGGCGUCCUAUAAUUCCUCGCAUACAUAUGUGUAUAUGUGUAUAUACAUAUGCAUUCAAAGAGUUAUUUUUCAUCAAGUUUCUUUGCAUAACUUACAAAAGAAGUAUGACAUUCUAAACUAAAGAAAAUACAGUGGUGAAAUAAAUUUUGUUAAAAACUAAACAGGAUACUAUGUUAUUCUAACUAACAUUGUGCAUAUGUGAUUUAAAAUAUCAUUUAAUUUAAUGGCAUACAAGUUUGAAUAGUGAACUAGCAAAUUCUGAUUGAAAAAUACAAAAAAAAAAGUAAACAUGGAGGAGAAGCAUGGUUCAGGUGUGUUGGAAGAUGAGGAACUAGAGGAAUCUGAAAAUAUAAUAAUAAAUGAAGUUGACGGUUUACCAAAUUUGCAUCCUAAUUAUCAACAACUAGAACUAGAAUUUGAUGUAGGAAAAAGUCAUAGUGAUUCAAAUAUGAGAUCUAUAGAAGAUUUGGUACACGAUGAAGAUUUACCAAUGUCUGUUAUUGUAACCAAUGUAGAUCCCCGAGUUUUUAAAUGUGACGAGUUAAAGCAUGAAAUAGAAGAUCUUUUUAAGCAGUUUGGGGAAGAUGCUACAUUUCAAUAUUUUAGAUCAUUUAGAAGAAUGAGAGUAAACUAUAGUUCACCAAAUGCAGCUGCAAAUGCAAGGAUACAGCUACACCAAACUCACUUUGGUGAGACCGAUAUCAAUUGUUAUUUCGCACAACCUGUUACGCCAAUAGACAUGGAAGACCAACACCUCCAACCGCCAGCACUUACUAAACAGUUCCUAAUUUCACCACCUGCUUCGCCACCUAUCGGCUGGGAACCUAGAGAAGAAAGCGAACCUUUAGUUAAUCAUGAUUUAUUAGCAGCUAUAGCAAACUUAUCCGCAGGAGGUAGCCAUGAAUUACAUCCUGGAGGUUCAGGACAGCCAGGCAUAGUUGUUCAUGUUUGUGAAACGGCGAAUCCUAUGAAAACUGUCCCGCGUAUUCAACAUACACGUUGUCCAGAACAUUCGUAAGCAGCUCCGCUAGUAAUGUUGUCCAUUCUAUGACAAUGACUUAUAUAUCCAUCCAAGAAGCAAUUAGACGCAUUACAGACAAUGAUGGCAUUCAACACUUAAAAGUUUUAAUUGCUAUAUUGCAAAAUUGAUAUUUCUUGUGGCAAUAGUGUCAUAGGAAAUGAUUUGUAAAUGUUUUUUGCUCAGGCCAAUACAUAUAAAUAUUAUUUUUUGCUAAUAUUGCAAACAAAAAUAUAUCAUUAAAAACGUGAUAUAAUGAAAUAGCUUAAAAAUCAUCGAAUAAUUACUAACGUACAAAUAAACCAUUAGUAAGAAAUAGUACACACAUUAUUUCCAAAUAACUUUACGAUCGUUCUUAAACUUCUUUUUCUUCGAAAAUAUAAAUUAAGGUACUAGAAGCUUAUUUGCCAUCGUAAAAUUUAAUAAAAUUAACGUUAAUAUGUCAAGAGUAAAAAGUAUUAAAAUUAGCGAUAUCGAAGUUGUACCUUGAAUUAUCGAUGUUGUACUUUCACAAAAGGUACAUCAAAUUUAAGUCUUUAGAAAAUGUCAAUUUACUUAUUUCGAAAUUUUUAAACAAAUUAGUUUAAAGGGGUAUAAAAUGGACGUGUGUGCAAUGAGUUUAAUGAGGGCAAUUAUAGACAUUGAUGUAUAUUUAAUGUACAUACAUGUGAUUGUGAGUGUAUAUCAUGUGAACGCAUGAAAAUUGGUGUUACCAAUGCUCUUCUUUAUUAGUUUUUAAUUAAUCUAUAAUAAAAUUGAAGCGAUAAAUAGUUUUUCCUCCAAAGAAUGUUAAAAAUUUUGAACUAUGAAUAAUAGAUAAAUGAAUAACAAAUAGCGUUACGUCAUUUGGAAAACAACUCAAUGCAAUGAAAAAUAUACAUAUUACUUGCGAUAUGUCGGCGUUACAGUUUCAUUACAAUAGUAAUGCAUAUGUAUAUGUAUAUGUAUAUGUAAAUGUAAAUGUAUAUAAUGUUCCCCUCAUAUAAAAUAUAUUUCAUGUUGGUGUAAGAUUUAAUCUAAUAUGAAGCUGUUGAAAAUUUAUAACUAUGUUAUAGCGAAUUACUUUUGUGUGAAUAAAUACGUUACCAGAAAUUUGUCUUUUGAAAAGUGAAUCUUAUGCACACACGACAAGAAAACUUCAGUUCGUUUUGUUACAUGAUUUGGUUUGAAUUAUUCUGCAUUGAAUAAAUAGUUUAAGAAAUAGUGUUUCAUUUUUAUCUCGAAAGAUUUGUUUAUUUUAAUAAGUAACUUUUCAGGAA